CGGCGGGGAGGCAGCUUCCACCGCCCUCCGCGCGCCCUCGCCCGGCCUUGCUCUGCCUCCAGAGACCGCCAGCAGCCCGCCUCCAAAAGUUUGAUCAUCUCCCUCUUUUUCUUGCUUCUUCCUUUUCCGUGGAAGCAGAAAAAGAGCGAGGCAGGGGCGAGCGCUGCGCCCGGACUCCUGGGACCAUGGGCCUGGCGCGGGCGCCCGCGGGGCCCCGGCCGCGCUGCCCGCCUGCUGGAGCGCCCCUGGGCGCGGGGCUGCGCUGGGGGCGCGGGGGCCGCGCGCUCUGAGCCGGCCUGGCGCGGCGGGGCCGGGGGCUGGCGGCCCCAUGGGGCGCGCCCACACUUGCCCCCCGGGCUCGGGAGCAUGAAGUAGGGGCCUGCCAUGGGAGCGGGAUCCGCGCUGGGGGCCCAAGGCACAGCGGUGGCGGCGGCACGCGGGGGGGGCUUUCUCUUCGCCUGGAUCUUAGUCUGGUCUGCCUGUCACCUGGCCUCCACCCAAGGAGCUCCUGAAGAUGUGGACGUCCUUCAGCGGCUGGGCCUCAGCUGGACAAAGCCAGGGGGCGGCCGGAGCCCCGCCACCCCGGGGGUCAUUCCGUUCCAGUCGGGCUUCAUCUUCACACAGAGGGCCCGGCUGCAGGCCCCCACGGCCGCCCUGGUCCCCGUGGCCCUGGGCACGGAGCUGGCUCUGGUGCUGAGUCUCUGCUCCCACCGGGUGAACCACGCCUUCCUCUUCGCCGUCCGCAGCCGCAGGCAUGAGCUGCAGCUGGGCCUGCAGUUCCUCCCCGGCAAGACCGUGGUCCACCUGGGGCCUCGGCGCUCCGUGGCCUUCGACCUGGACGUGCACGAUGGUCGCUGGCACCACCUGGCCCUCGAGCUCCGUGGCCGCACGGUCACUCUGGUGACGGCCUGCGGGCAGCGCCGGGUGCCUGUCCCGCUGCCCUUCCACAGGGAUCCCACGCUUGACCCUCAGGGCACCUUCCUCUUUGGGAAGAUGAGCCCCCGUGCUGUCCAGUUCGAAGGGGCCCUCUGCCAGUUCAGUAUCCACCCCGUGACGCGGGUCGCUGACAAUUACUGCGCCCACCUGAGGAAGCAGUGUGCACAGGCUGGCUUGGACUGGCCCCAGCUGCGACCCCUCUAUCCCCAAGACUCCAGCAGACCCUUCACCUUCCAGAGUGACCUGGCCCUGCUAGGCCUGGAGAACUUGACCACUGCCACGCCUGCCUUGGGGUCACGACCAGCAGGCAGGGGGCCUGCAGUGACAGUGGCUCCCGCCAGGCCCACCCAACCCCAAAGAACUAGCCCCUCAGAUCCUCGCCAGCGUGUCCCUGUGGGAGGCCCAGCCGGGACCCCACCGCCACCUGCCAAACGGUCAGGCAGUAAAGCCCCUGCCCACUUGCCCCCUGCCUCCUUGGCUGGCUCCACCAGAACUCACCCCGCGGCUUCCCAACCAUUGCCAGUCACAGCCACCCACGUCCCUAAGAGUCCCUCCACCAAACCUUCCGUCCUUUUUCCUUCAGUAGCCCCUGAGAAAAGCCCUCAUCCUACCCAGAAAGCCGCUCUGUCUUCAUUCACUAAGACAGCUCCGCCCACCCCGAAGCCUGCGCCGCCCACUCCCCGCCCAGGUCCUGUCAAAGUCCCCCAUCCCACUGCGAAGCCGGCCCAGAGGAACCCUGUCGUGGCCCGGCCUCCGGCCCCCAGCACCCGGCCCCUGCCUCCCACUGCCGGUUCCACAGUAGCCCCUGCUGAGGCCAGGCCAGCCAGCCGUGCCAGGAGGCCAGCCUCUGCCCUCACCGCCACCCGCAGACCUCUGCCGACCACCAGCCCUGGCCCUCCCAGAGCAGCUCGGCCACCAGCCGUGAUGGUGGCUUCAGUCUUGGGCACUGGAACUCCCAGAACUGUACCCCCCACUCGCUCUCCUGGUUCCGUCUCCGCCGGAAGCAAGAAACCCACUGGAUCAGAAACCUCCAAGAAAGCCGGACCCAAGAGCGGUCCCCAGAAGCCCGUCCCCCUCAGACCUGGGAAGGCAGCCGGGGAUGUCCUGUUGAAUGACCCGACCACCAGGGCCAGUCCCAGACAGUCCCCGCCCAGUGGACAGACCACCCCGGCCCUGGUCUCGGCCCCCGUGGGCGUCCUGUCCUCUGGUGCCCGGCCCGUGACGAGCAGCGGCUAUUCCUUCAUUCACCUGGAGGGACCCACACCGUUCCCCCUGCUGAUGGGGCCUCCAGGGCCCAAGGGAGACUGUGGCUUGCCGGGUCCCCCUGGGCUGCCUGGACUACCUGGACCUCCCGGCACACGGGGACCUCGGGGUCCCCCUGGGCCUUAUGGCAACCCAGGCCUGCCCGGUCCUCCUGGAGCCAAAGGACAGAAAGGGGACCCAGGGCUCUCACCAGGAAAGGCCCUCGAUGGGGCAAAGGGCGACAUGGGCUUGCCUGGAUUCUCCGGCAAUCCAGGACCUCUGGGACGAAAGGGCUACAAGGGCUAUCCUGGACCGGCCGGGCACCCCGGAGAACAGGGACCGCCGGGACCUGAGGGCAGCCCAGGGGCCAAAGGUUACCCUGGCAGGCAGGGGUUACCUGGGCCUGUAGGAGAUCCUGGCCCCAAAGGCAGCCGGGGCUACAUCGGACUCCCAGGGCUCUUCGGCCUGCCCGGGGCCGACGGAGAGCGGGGUCUGCCUGGCGUUCCUGGCAAGAGGGGCAAGAUGGGUAGGCCGGGCUUCCCUGGAGACUUUGGGGAGAGAGGCCCCCCUGGAUUCGAUGGAAACCCCGGAGAACUGGGCCUGCCAGGGCCCCCAGGAGUCCCCGGCCUCAUUGGUGACAUGGGAGCAUUGGGUCCCAUCGGCUACCCAGGACCCAAGGGCAUGAAGGGACUGAUGGGCAGCGUGGGGGAGCCCGGACUGAAAGGUGAUAAGGGCGAGCAAGGGGUCCCAGGUGUGUCCGGAGAUCCCGGCUUCCAAGGAGACAAGGGCAGCCAGGGGUCGCCAGGGUUCCCGGGCGCCCGGGGCAAGCCAGGCCCUCUGGGCAGAGUCGGAGACAAAGGCUCCCUGGGGUUCCCUGGGCCCCCUGGACCUGAGGGAUUCCCAGGAGACAUCGGCCCCCCUGGGGACAAUGGCCCCGAAGGCGAGAAGGGGAAGCCUGGAGCGCGAGGCCUGCCCGGACCCCGAGGACAGCUGGGGCCCGAGGGAGAUGAGGGACCCAUGGGGCCACCAGGAGCCCCUGGCCUGGAGGGUCAACCUGGCAGGAAAGGAUUUCCGGGGAGGCCUGGCCCAGAUGGCGUGAAGGGGGAGCCAGGGGAUCCCGGGCGGCCAGGGCCCGUGGGUGAGCAGGGUCUUCUGGGAUUCAUCGGUCUAGUCGGGGAACCAGGAAUCGUGGGAGAAAAGGGUGACCGAGGCGUGAUAGGACCCCCAGGCGCACCCGGACCCAAGGGGGUGAUGGGUCACCCUGGAGUGCCAGGUGGUGUUGGGACCCCCGGAGAGCCCGGACCCCCGGGUCCUCCAGGAUCGCGAGGCCCGCCAGGCCUGAGGGGCCCUAAGGGACGCCGGGGUCCCAGAGGACCGGAUGGACCCGCUGGGGAGCAGGGGUCCAGGGGCCUGAAGGGCCCUGUGGGACCUCGGGGCAGACCCGGCCAACCUGGACAGCAGGGCGCGGCUGGUGAGCGAGGCCACUCGGGCCCGCGAGGCUUCCUCGGCAUCCCGGGUCCCUCAGGCCCCCCUGGCACCAAGGGCCUCCCAGGAGAACCGGGCCCUCAGGGACCCCAGGGACCAGUGGGCCCUCUGGGAGAGAUGGGACCCAAGGGGCCGCCAGGUGCAGUGGGAGAACCCGGCCUUCCUGGGGAAGCAGGGAUGAAGGGCGACCUUGGACCCCUGGGCACCCCUGGGGAGCAGGGCCUCGUUGGGCAGCGGGGAGAGCCAGGCCUCGAGGGUGACGGUGGCCCUGCUGGGCCCGACGGGCUAAAGGGGGACCGAGGUGACCCAGGGCCUGAUGGAGAGCAUGGCGAGAAAGGCCAGGAAGGGCUCAAGGGCGAGGACGGGGCCCCCGGCCCUCCUGGUGUCACCGGCGUCCGGGGUCCUGAAGGAAGACCAGGGAAGCAAGGUGACAAGGGCCGGCCAGGGGCCAAGGGCGCCAAGGGUUACCAAGGACAGCUGGGUGAGAUGGGUGUCCCCGGAGACCCAGGACCCCCUGGCACCCCAGGCCCUAAAGGCUCCCGGGGCAGCCUGGGCCCCACGGGUGCUCCAGGUCGGAUGGGGGCCCAAGGAGACCCAGGACUGGCUGGUUACGAUGGACACAAAGGCACUGUGGGACCCCUCGGGCCUCCGGGACCAAAAGGCGAAAAGGGGGAGCAGGGGGAGGACGGCAAGGCGGAGGGGCCCCCUGGGCCGCCUGGAGAUCGGGGCCCUGUGGGUGACCGAGGAGACCGUGGUGAACCCGGGGACCCAGGAUACCCUGGACAGGAGGGUGUUCCCGGGCUCCGAGGAAAGCCUGGCCAGCAGGGCCAACCCGGGCAUCCGGGACCCCGGGGGCGGCCGGGACCCAGAGGAUCAAAAGGCGAAGAGGGUCCAAAGGGAAAGCCGGGCAAGGCCGGGGCCCCAGGUCGGAGGGGGAUCCAGGGGCUGCCGGGGCUGCCUGGGCCGCGGGGCGUGGUGGGAAGACAGGGCCCCGAGGGUGUCGCGGGACCAGAUGGGCUUCCUGGCAGGGAUGGCCGAGCAGGACCACAGGGAGAUCAAGGGGAUGACGGGGACCCUGGCCUUGUGGGCCCUGCUGGGAGGAGAGGAAAUCCAGGUGUGGCCGGCUUGCCUGGAGCACAGGGGCCCCCAGGAUUCAAGGGUGAAAGUGGGUUACCAGGGCAGCUGGGUCCCCCUGGCAAGAGAGGGACUGAGGGCGGAUCAGGGCUUCCUGGGAAGCAGGGGGAGCCAGGAUCCAAAGGCCAGGCGGGUGACUCUGGCGAGAUGGGCUUCCCAGGAGUGUCUGGCCUCUUUGGACCCAAGGGCCCCCCUGGGGACAUCGGCUUCAAAGGCAUCCAGGGCCCCCGGGGGCCUCCUGGCUUGAUGGGAAAGGAGGGCAUCAUUGGGCCCCUUGGAAUCCUGGGACCGUCGGGACUCCCGGGUCCAAAGGGCGACAAAGGCAGUCGAGGGGACUGGGGAUUGCAGGGUCCCAGGGGUCCUCCCGGCCCAAGAGGGCGGCCUGGCCCACCGGGACCUCCAGGGCGUCCAGUCCAGCUUCAACAAGAUGACCUUGGGGCAGCUUUCCAGACGUGGAUGGACACUAACGGAGCACUCCGACCAGAGGGGUACAGCUAUCCAGACCGGCUGGUGCUGGACCAGGGAGGGGAGAUCUUCAAAACCUUACACUACCUCAGCAACCUCAUCCAGAGCAUUAAGACACCCCUGGGCACCAAGGAGAACCCCGCCCGGGUCUGCCGGGACCUCAUGGACUGUGAGCAGAAGAUGGCGGACGGCACCUACUGGGUGGAUCCGAACCUCGGCUGCUCCUCGGACACCAUUGAAGUCUCCUGCAACUUCACCCACGGCGGACAGACGUGUCUGAAGCCCAUCACGGCCUCCAAGGUGGAGUUUGCCGUCAGCCGGGUCCAGAUGAACUUCCUGCACCUGCUCAGCUCCGAGGUGACGCAGCACAUCACCAUCCACUGCCUGAACAUGACCGUGUGGCAGGAGACCACGGGCCGCACCCCGGCCAAGCAGGCUGUGCGCUUCCGGGCCUGGAACGGGCAGAUCUUUGAAGCUGGGGGUCAGUUCAGGCCAGAGGUGUCCAUGGACGGCUGUAAGGUCCUGGACGGCCACUGGCACCAGACGCUCUUCACCUUCCGGACGCAGGACCCCCAGCAGCUGCCCAUUGUCAGCGUGGACAACCUCCCCCCUGCCUCACCAGGGAAGCAGUACCGCCUGGAAGUUGGCCCUGCGUGCUUCCUCUGA